UGACGAUAUGCAAGACGUGCAAUGGCCACGUAACUGAUUACAGCUUGUCGACGGCACGCCUAGAGGAGUAUGGUACCCUCCGCUCUGAAGGAGGUGCCGAAGGCGACUCUGCUGAAGUGGGCGGGAGUCUUGGCGGGUGCCAUUUGCGUGGCCUUGCCAGCAAAGUUCUUCGUGAGCGUUAGCAGGCUGGAAAGGCCGACCUACACGGUGUCCAAGACCGUCCGCGUUGGCAGAUUGGCGGCAGAGGUGCGGGAUUACGAGCCGUACCUCAUCGCCGAGUCCGUCGUGUCCGGCGAAACGAUGAGGGAGGGCACCACCAAGGGCUUCAUGAACGUGGCGGGGUACAUCUUCGGCGACAACGCGGGCGGCCGCGUUUCGGAGGACGGAGAGGUGGAGCCUGCUCAGGUGGCCAUGACCGCGCCCGUUAGGACGGAACAGCCACAGAAGGCCACCGUUUCCAUGACAAGCCCCGUACGGACGGAGCUCAAGUCGAACUUCCGGAACAUGAAAGUCUCCUUCGUCAUGCCAAGAAAGUAUAAAGCAGGUACUCUACCCAAGCCCAAGGAUGGCAGAGUCAAGAUCAAGAGCGUAGGGGCACAUCGUAUGGUGGCGGUUCGUUUCCGGGGUCCGUCUCCCGAUGAGAAAAAGGUGGCAGAAGUUUCUCGAGAACUUUUCCAGGCGCUAGAGGGCGAAGGGCUUACACCCAAGGGCGGGUUGCUGGUCUACCAGUACCAACCCCCGUUCAUGCCCGGUUUCCUUCGAACAAACGAGGUUGCCGUGAGGGUGUAAACGCUCACCCACCAUCACCACCAGUACAGCUGUUGUGUUGUGUUGUCGAUGGGCUGGUUCGCAGGGUGUACGCAUCCCGCAAAAGGCCGAGAGACGGUGCCGGUCGGGGAGAUUAAACUUGGGUGCGCCAAGAAAACCAAAAGCGGCAUGGUUUCUUUCGAUUUCCGCACUGGGGUCGGUGAGGUCGCACCGGGUGCGAUCUCGCCAAUCCCCAAUCCAAGAUUGAGCUCUUUUUGAGAGGUCGACACCACGCAAAUGUAUGUGCGUACCUUAUACAUAAGGGGACGGUGUCGGCGGACGGGGCGCCACUCCUUAUUUUGCUGUGUAUAUAUGUAUUUUUUUUUUACCCCCAUCAUUGGACUUUGUCGUCUGCCCUUCUGGCCCCUAUUCUCCAAUUCUACCAGCUAGACGACCCAACCGGGGUCACAUAGGAGGGGGGGGUUGGACCCCUCCUGCGGUUCCUGCCUGAGAUAUUUUUAUCCAUAUGUACGGUCGCGGUUCACGCGGGAUGUCAGCUGUUUUCGUUUGCGUUGUAUGAAAGUUGUAAACCGUGCACCCAACCAAGCACUCAACAUACACUCAAUCCGAAUCCCACCUUACACGACGACUUCUAGUGUACUGCCACCUACGACUGAUACCUUCCUGAAUGUACCGGUACCAAGAUCGAAACAACAUCGUUUCUUGUCCUUGUCAUGCCAUUUGUGUCAUAGCCAAGUUCGCAUUCAAACCCCUUAUGACCACUCGAUGCAUGGAAACGUGCCAGAUACC